AACCACUCCAUUGUCGAUCCGGAAACGAAAAUUUGCAGCGGAAACUCAUCAAUCUCUGUUUCUUCUCGGAAUUUCAAUUGAAUGUCAACACCAUUCGUUGAAUUCUGCAAAUACAGAGCGAAAUUAUUUGUACAAUUUAUGUGAAAUUCAGUCGCAGAAGAAGAAGAAGAAAAAUGGGGGAAGAAGAGGGGAAGAAGAGGAGGGUGGUGGUGGAAUCGCUGGGAUGGCUAACGGAGUCUUCGAUUAUGCCGAAGAAGCAUAGGGCAAUCGAAGGUGUGGGUGCGUCUUCCAUACUCGAGCUCAAGGCUCAGCUCUAUAAGUCCCAGGAGGAGUCCAAGAAGAACAAGGACUUGGCCGGCCCUGGGGUCGAGUUUCACCGAGCCAAACAGAAUAUCACCCCUCAUGAUUCCUUCUCUCGCCACAACUCCGGCGUCCAAGCUCGUGCUCACAAGGACAAACUUGAGCUUAAAGCUGCAAACGAUGGGUCAGCCAGCUAUGCAGCCUUGGAGAGGAAGGCCGAGUUAUACGAGAAGCUAGUAAAGGGAGAGCUAUCUGAUGAGGAAGACAAUGAGAAGUAUUGUGUAGACUUUUUCCGCAAGGGCCUUGUGCAGGACGAGUCAGAGCAGCCACAAGGCCAUGGUGCAUUUGCAUCCGUACCGCCAGCUGAUGAAGUUGUUGAGGAUGAUGCUUCAGUGUUAUUUAACCUAAAAUCUAUAGGGCCUGGCCGAAAUGCUGGAAUAGCGGACAAUAAUGAACACAAACGUUUUGUGAGGGAGGUUCAUGUAGAGGCAAGUCGAGCAAGAGAAAAGGCAUCUGAGGUUAAGUUGCGCAGGGAAGAGCAGGCAACUGCACGUCGUGAGAAGCUAAAGCAGGCAUAUAUAAGGAAAAAGUUAGAGAAAUUGAAAGCUGCAUCCAGUGCAGAACAAACGUGAUGGUGAAGACCAUAACCUAAUACCAGAAUAGGCGAUUCGCCUGCUGAAGCUGUCUGAUAGUUUCUUCGCAUGCUUUCGUCUCAGGCAUUUAACCUGUAUACCAAAUUAGUCUAAAGAAAUGAAUGUUUCUCAUGCAAACCUGAAAUGCUCAUAUGGAAAAAGAAGCUUGCACGUGGAAAAGCGAUUGUUUGCUGUUCUCAUUAAGGUGUUUUCAGUUCUGUA